AUGUUUUCGUUUUCGAACCCUGCGGGGACACCACAACAAGCUGGCCAGCAGCAGCAGCAAUCAUCCACUCCAUUCGGCAAUAAUACAGGCGGUUUCGGAGGCAACUCGUCCUCGACCCCUGGUGGCUUAUCAUUCGGCAACACCACCAACAAUACACAGCAGCAACAGCAAUCGCAACCGCAGUCGACGAGCUUGUUCGGACAGAAGCCGCUCUUCGGCACUCCCGGUACACAGCAGCAGCCGUCGGGAUCUCUGUUCGGCAACAAUGCUACUUCGACACCCAAUGCAGGCCAGACUGGUCAGUCAAGCAAUCUGUUUGGUACACCCCAGAACAACAGCCUUUUCGGUGCAUCCGCGUCUUCAGCUUUCGCCCAACAGCAGCAACCUCAGCAGCAGCAGCAGCAGCAACAACCGACACAACCCAACACAUUUGCUCAGGGCUCUUUCGGCUUCAAUACGGCCUCUCCCGCGCCGUUCCCGACAUCUGCACAGAACCAGUCAUUUGGCAGUCCGUUCAAUCAACAGAAUACGCAGCAGCAGCACGGUUUGCCGCAACACGGCACACCACAGUCGUCACAGCAUCAGCACUUUCAGCAGCAGCAACAACAACAGCAGCAACAACAGCAGGCGAUUGAGCAACAGCGAUAUCACUUGGAACAACAGAGCCAGAACAUGAGCUACAUCCCAGGCUAUCUCAGCCGCACCAAGGUUGUGAAACCAUACAAGCUCCCCGCUCGUCAGAAGGAACCCACUUCACCAGAAGCCGCACAGGAGGCCGACUCGAGCAUCGCUUUCGGCACUCCCGCUUCCAAGUUAGGCAAAGAGGAGAGCACACCAUCCUCCAAAGGUCAACCUUCUCCAGUUGGACGUUUCAGCUCGAGCUUCUUCAACGAAAGACGCGAUGAUGCAUCUUUCAGUCGAGCUGGCUCAGCCGGUCCAGGCACACCUUGGAGAGGAGGCAAGCAGAGCAUCUUUGGCGCUCAUGGUUUACGCGGUGCACGUCAGUCAGCGACACCGGCUCCAAGCUCCUCUGCUGCCGGUGCAUCCGCUACGCCUGCGCGCAAGACUUCCAUCGACUCUCCGGCCCGCUCUGUUCGUUCCAACUCGACACCUCCUGCAGCUUCCACCUCUUUCAACGUCGCUCAUGGCGCUAUGGACGAGGAAGAUAAUGAUGAUGACGCUCCGCCGCAGGAGCGACUCGAAGACCAAGCUUCCGCUGCUGCGCACUCCUCUUUCCUCGGCGCCCCAAACAGCUUCCUUUCUCCUGCUGGUGCUGAGUCUGCGUCGGCACAACAACGGCUGCUCCCAGGCAGGUCAGCGCUCUCCACGCCUUCUACCGGUGCAGUUCCAAGGAGGUCCCCCUCGCUCGGUGCAGUUUCUGGCAGUGCAACAGAUGCAGCUGCUUCAUCUGCCCGCAGUGACGGUUCAACCGAUAAGAAUUCGGCCCUGGCAUCUGCUCAACGUACUGUGCUGGUUUACGGCUACCCGAGCUGGAUGGAAAAGGCAGUACUCGAACUCUUCGCCAGUAUCGGCGGAGUCGAGUUCAUCGAGGCCAUCGACCUUACUGGAAGUGGCUCAGCACAGGAGCAGGCAACAUCGCAGCCCAACUCGCCCCCGCUUUCAUGCUGCACACGCAUCCGAUACGCCGAGUCCUUCCAAGCGUUGCAUGCGCUUCGCCGCAACGGCGAAGUCGUAGCGGGUGCCUGCAUGGUCGGUGUUCGAUGGGAGGAUGACAACUUCCACCAGGUCGCUCUAACCAACGGUAUCGACGCCGUCUUCCGCAUGGAUGUCUAUCCAUCCAGCCGCACAGCAGAGACCUUCAAGGCUUCGUCCAAAGCGAUCGCCGUUCCAUCCAUCGACGCAGCAGCUGGAGCCUCCGCGCUUUCCCAAACUCGCACUCAUGCUGUCUCUUCCUCCAGCAUCAACGGCGGCAACGGCGCAAACCGGCAGAAUAACCGCCACUCAACCGCUUUCGGUCAGGGUGUCAAUGCUCAUGCUGGCCGAAAUAACACUUCCGCCGGCUCGAAUGCUGGUCAAGCAUCCAGCGGUAGUAAUGCCUCUUACCCUGCGUUUGGUCGACCACUCUCGGUGAUCAACGAUCCUUCCGUUGCCUUCAAACCAUCCGCAUCAAACAACCACUUGGGCGGCCUCGCGGCUUCGCCGUUCAAAGCAGCCUCUUCUCUCUUCGGUUCGGGUGCGACGUCUGCGGCCAAGCCUGCCACUCCACAAGCAGAUGGCAAUACAGGAGACAAGAAACCGGCCCCCGCUGGCAGCACCAGCAUGCUCGGCCGGAUCACCGACGGCAUCUUUGGCUGGUAG